CAAACGUCUGUUUUUUUGCAGAUAACUUGCUGGUAGCAAGCGGCCCGCGGUUAUAAAUAUUUCUCUUAACUGAUGCCAAGUUUUCCACAGAAUAGCAUGCGCUCAAUCCGUCACCCUCUGCUGCAGUCUUCUCUGAUCCAACUGGUCAGCAUAACUGACCUGGCCUGCCGAAGAACUGGCGAGUGAGAGUGAGUGGAUCUAAGCUGGACUCUCGGAGGGUGGUCAGCUGGGAGGAGACUUGCCCCCCUCUCCGGCGCUGCUCACUGCGGCUCCCACGCUGCGCAGCGGACCUUUUCCUGUCUUUGAGAUCCGACGCUCCAGACGCGGUCUAUCCUGCCUGCCUGCCCGCCUGUCUGUUAUCUCCGCUCUCUAGACGUGAUGUGCGCUGCGGACAUGACUGCCUUCAGCUGGACGCUCGCUCUUCUGACGACUCUGCUGUGGCUUAGGACUGAAGCCCGCCUCGAGCCCUUCGACCUGCUCUAUGAUAACGGUGUCGAGGCUUUCUAUAGCAGCGAUUACGAGCGAGUCGUAUUUUACAUGGAGAAGGCGUUGAGCAGCUACUGGGAGCUCCGGCGAAGUCGCGUGGGCUGCACCCUGAGCUGUGAGGACCAGUACCCCUUCUCGAACACCACCUCGGACCUGCCCUUCUUUGAUGUGGUACUUAGAAGGGCAGCGUGCUUAAAUGAAUGCCUGGACAGGAGGGUGGGAGCGCAGUCUGUGCACCGGGUCAGCGAGGAUGUCAUCCAGGACUUCAACAGGAGGACCCCCUACAACUUCCUGCAGCUCGCCUACUAUAAGUUAAACCAGAUGGACAAGGCAGCUGCUGCGGCUCACACUUUCUUCGUGGCAAACCCAGAGCACAUGGAAAUGAGGCAGAACCUGGAACGGUACAAGCUGCUAGACGGGGUAGAAGAAAGCCACUUCUUGGACAGAGAGGCUCGGCCGCACCAGCAAGCGUUCAGCACUGGGGUGAAACACUAUGACAAUGAAAACUAUGAAAUAGCCAUCAAAUCGUUUGAAGAAGCCCUGGUCGAGUACUUCAAGGCGGACGUGGAGUGCCGAGCUCUGUGUGAAGGCCCCCAGAAAUUUGAAGACCAUGCGUAUCUGGAGUAUCAGCCGCACCUACACAAGGCCAUUUCAGAUCACUACACACAGGUUUUAGCUUGUAAGCACGAGUGUGUGAGAGACCUCGCCACCAGGCCUGGCCGACUUUCUCCCAUGGAGAACUACCUCCCUCUGCACUACGACUACCUGCAGUUUGCCUACUUUAAAGCUGGAAAGAUGGACAAGGCUCUUGAAUGUGCUCUUUCGUACCUGCUUUUUCAUGAGGGAGAUGAAUUUCUUUCGGAAAAUGUGGAUUUCUACAGAAGAAGUCUGAUGGAAGAGGGCAUAUCAGAUGAAUUUAAACCACGGCAGGAUGUGGAGCGCUAUGUGAGGAGGCACAAGAAGGAAGUGGAACUGCUCCGUCUAGGAAGUGAGAUCAUGGAACUGGAUUUCACUGAAUCGAAUUACUGGAGUUCCAGUGGUGGACGGGAGGACAUCAAUAGGGUUCCAUCGAGCACAGAUGGAGAGCUGGAGUAUUUUCCCAUCUCGGAAAAAAGGAACAAUUCUUUACUCCCAGAUCGAGAGCUGAGAGAAGGUGGACCCCUAGUCUACAACAACGUACAACUGGUCCUAAACUCAGAAGCACUCAAUGGCACUCAGAGGGCUUUAUUUGAAAAAGUCAUAACGAAGCAGGAAUGUCAAGCUCUCCAAGAGGUGGCCAAUACAAUCUCCAUUGCUGGAGACGGUUACAGGGGCAGAAUGUCACCACACACACCCAAUGAAAAGUUUGAAGGUGCCACCGUAAUGAAAGCCCUGCAGUAUGGCUUUGAGGGACGGAUUCCUUUAACAAGUGCCCAGCUCUUCUAUGAAGUCAGUGAGAAAGCAAGGAAAAUUGUUGAGUCCUACUUCAUGCUGAAUUCCCCGCUAUACUUCUCAUACACUCACCUAGUGUGCCGCACUGCUCUUACAGGUCAGCAAGACCAUCGAAAUGAUCUGAGCCAUCCAAUUCAUGCAGACAACUGUCUUCUGGACCCUGAAGCCAAUGAAUGCUGGAAGGAGCCUCCUGCUUACACAUAUAGAGAUUACAGUGCCCUUUUGUAUCUUAAUGGAGAUUUUGAUGGGGGAGAGUUCAUCUUUACUGAAAUGGAUGCCAAGACAGUUACGGCCUCAGUUAAACCCACCUGUGGUCGCAUGGUGAGCUUCUCUUCUGGUGGGGAGAAUCCUCAUGGAGUUAAAGCCGUGACAAAGGGACAACGGUGUGCUGUAGCUCUUUGGUUCACUUUGGAUCCUCUCUUCAGGGAAUUGGAGAGGCUACAGGCAGAUGAAGUUAUCGACUCCCUGCAGAGCAAGCAGCACUGGGACUUGGACAACCUGAUAAACCCCAAAGAUGAACUGUAGGAAUCUCAACAGUGAUAUCUUAUUUAUUUAAUGACAUUAAUCUUCAACAGAAUUUUUUAUUUUUUUACUUCUUUUGGACCAGAUGUUGGCUGCCAAUGUGUGAAACUUGGAGCACUGCUUGAGUUUGCUUGGUGUAUGCUUGGUUGUGUGGUCUUAUUAUUUUAUGUGCUGUAGCAGAUGAUUGCAUUCAGGGUUCUUUACAUUUUGUUACUAAAUUGAUUUGUCUUAGUUUUUUAAAAGCCAAGUGUAUGUGUGGCUAUCUGUGUGUGACUUUAUUCUCUGAACUCCGUUCAAGUAUUGCUUUCCAUCUCUUUCCCAGAAUUAAGUCUGAGCAGUCACAGAGAGAGACAAACAGUGUUGUUUAUUAACCUAGAAUUCAGAACUGCUCCUUGACUAAGAAGUAAGGAUCACCAUCUCACUUUUCAGGAGAAAUAUCAAGGAGAAAAGGAAAAUUAUAGAUGUUGUACCGUUCACUUGUGAAUCCCUACUUUUCAAACUGACAUUACUUUGCUUACUUCAGAUUAUAAAAUCACUUGUCAUGGCUCUGGUAGUGGAAUCUUGACCUUUUUACUGACCAUGACAUGGAUGGCAUUUGGUGAAUUUUGGGAACGCUGCACAUAAGCUACUAGGGAACCGAGGCGGAGAUUCCAGACUCAGACAUACCAGAGGGUGCUACAGAACUGGCAUCAUGCAAGCUGAGCUACUGCAGCUGUGAGCUCGGAAAAGCCAAACAUGUUCUGAUGGCUGUCUUUACAGCUUAACAUCUAAAAAACAUUUAUGGAAGAGUGCAGGGAUGUGCUUAGGGAAUUAUGUUAGUGUAAGUCUUUAUCCCAGGCAGACAUUCCUUACAUAUAAUGUGUUUCUAUGCAAUUAUUUAUUUGCUAUAAUGAAGGUAGCUCAGAAUUGACCAUCAGUUAAUUGUGUACAUUCUCAGUGUCCUUAAAAAUACAAACAGAUGCACUUAUAUUUGAAAAUAAUGAUUUACUAUUUUUGUACAGAAAAAGUUAGGGGUUCCUGCUGAUUAGACAUCAUCUAAAAAUAUUACAAAACAAUCACAGGUUGAAGUCUAAGAGCAUUAUACUUGCAUUCAAUGACUUUGAUUUAAUUUUUUUUUCCUUUGCCUUUUCCUGAGAUUUAAAGCCUUGAAAUGAUGACAAUCAGAGAAACUUCAUUUAUUUUAUUUCAAAUGAGUUCUUGCACAUUUUAUUAUUUCAGAAACUUAAGAUAGUAGGUUUAAAAGAACCUGUCAUUGCUUCCUCAUGGUGAGGAGUUACUAUAUUUGGGUAUUCAAAAGAGCAAAAAUAAGAAAAGAAAAACUUUCUGAUAACAUAGUUGCUUCCGGACACGAGGGUACCAUUUGCAUGAAAACUGGCAAGGGAGGCCAAUGUGAGCAGCUAUGCAAAUGUUUAGGCGUGCAUAUCUGUCACUCUAACAAUCACCACUAGAGGGCUCACAUUAAAAAAAAAAAAGAACACCACCAGAGUUUUAAGAUUUUGGACUAUGGCUACAGCCAGUGCCGGUGCCAGGUUAUUUUGUACCCUAGGCCAGGGGUUCCCAAACCUUUGGACGUCAAGUACCACGUGAGAUUAAGUGAGUUGCGUUGCGUACCACCCCACACCUUGUUGAAAGGGAGGGAGAGCUGUAAGGGGGGGAAGUUCGGGUCUAAACCGUCCCGAAAUCUGAAUAAAAGUUAAAGAAUUGGAAGAAAUUAUGCAUAAAAUUACUGAAAAAAUUUGUGCAUGUACAUAA